CGAUGCAAUGUUUUAUUUUUUUCUUGUUUAUUUAAGGAAGAUCCCAGUUUAAUCCAGGUACUUCUCUGUAUUUCUCUUUAUUCUUAUACUCUAGUCUACCCCUUUUGAUAAUAUUAAUAGCAAGAAUGGCCUAUAAUGAACCAACCUCAGCGUCAUUGUUUCCUAAAGAGUAACCACUUAUUAUACAAUCGUUAUAUUUAAGAGCCUGCUCAUUUAAGUUGCUGUAUGAACUAAUCUUUCUUUAUCCAUCUUAAAUUUUUUGUUCUUUUUUGCUAGACAGAAUUACACGGUUUACCAACAAAAUCAGCAUCAAUUUUUCUCCCAGAACCAGUCUAUUACCAAUUAUCGACCUAGUACAUAUUAUCGGUCACCUGAGAAAUCCACUAUCAGUUAUAGUAGUCCAGCCGCUAGUCCACAGCUACCUGGUUAUUUCUCACCUUCGUCACUAUCCACUGCCUCUCCCAAAACAAGUCCCACCAACAAUUCUUUCAUUAUGGACCACCCCCUUCAUUACAGCUCCACUGCUUCUCCCCACCAGCAACUCUUUCUCGCAAGUCCUAGCCCACCUACUAGCAAUAGCAAUAGCCUGCUUUCACACAUGCAUAAAAAUUCCGGAGUUAUACGCUUUGAUGCUUGUCUAGAAGCACCUACCGCUGCGUCACAGAAAUUAGAGGAACCACCUCUUACCUACUUGAAUAAAGGACAGUAUUACACCAUCAAUUUACGCGAUAGAGAAGGAUUUGAUGGUGAUAUCAUCAGUACCAUAGCAAUCACUUUCCAUGAUGAAAAUCAUAGAAUAAGCGCUGCUGAUUACUGGAAAUUUUGGCUGACGCAACAAAAAAAUAGCGAAGAGGCCAGAGCGGUUGAGUUGGAUUUGACAAAAUCAAGUGGUGUACAAGCAAUUGAAAAUCGACAGUUUGAUCGAGCAUCUUUCAAAUGGAACGGAAAGCACGGUGCUUCAGUCCAAAUUAGGUUUAAUUGUCUAUCAACAGAUUUUUCUAGAAUUAAGGGCGUAAAAGGCAUUCCACUAAGAUUACAAAUUCAUUGUGAGCAAGUGUCAUCAUCCCCACCUCAGCAACAACACGGGCAUCAGUUACAUUUGACUGAAAAGACUUAUUGCCGAAUCAAACUAUUUCGAGACAAGGGAGCUGAGAGAAAAAAUAAAGACGAUGCGAAGCAUAUCGAGCGCCAGCUCGAAAAGAUAAGGGGCAAGAACGGUGAGCCCCAUCCAUUAUGGUUAGCAUUUACUCCAACAUCUGCAAUUACACUUUUCCGUGAAAUUGUACCACCAGAUGAAGAUGAUAGCCUUUACCAACUUCAGGCUCUCAUGGACGAGCGAAAUUCACUAUUACAACAGCAACAAAGACAGCAGUCCUCUUUAAAUUUCAAUACUGGAAGUCACCGUAUAGCGCACCACCUGUCAGGAAACAUUCUAUUACCACCACCAACAUCGUUGAAGCGAAGUAUUCAUCAACAACUGCACCAAAAAGGAGUCUCUGCUUCUGAUGACAAUUGCUCUAUAACUGAUGGUGGUCCUACAAUAGCAACAACCGUAGACAUCGACCCGACAUAUAUACCGCAAAGAAGACGUCGAAUCGCCAAAUUGAGUCUUCUCGUCAAAUUCUCUCCAGCCUCAGAUAUUUACAGAGCCAUCUAUCUAGAACAUUUAACAGUGAAGGAAUUGAUCGAUAAACUGUCACAAAGAAUGGACGACUUCGAUCCUAAAACGACAACUGUAUCCGCUGUACUACGAAAAAUAGUACCCAAAAAAGAUGAGGCAAACAAAAAGCCAAUCUUUGUGAAUGUAGAUGAUGAAGUUAUUCAGGAUAUGAAUGAAGAGCAAGAUAUCCUGAUUGAAACAGAGAAGAAUCCGGGCGAUAAGAGCAUCAAAAUCAUUCUCAAUUUUUAGCUUGCAUUUGAGCUGUUCAUUCCUUUCUAAUUGCAUAAAGACACAACUCACGACUGUACAAAAUAACAACU